ACGGGCUUAGGCUAGCCUGUUUGUCCCAUAGUCGAAACAUGUCGCCCUGGAGGCCACGGCUUCGAGCAUGCUUUGCUGCUGUCAGUUUGAAACUAUCACUGCAUAGCACCAAAUUGCUUUCUGAGCGAAGAGGACGCUUCCUCGCGAUCCCGACUCUAGGGCAAGGCUAGUCUCCAAAGGGCUGCUUUGGGUCUACUUACAAGCUGUUUGCCCCCUCGUGGUGACACCACAUCCUGAACGUUUAGACAGUGGAGGAACCUGGCCACACGUAUGAUCGCAUCACUUUCUUUUACGAACUCCUGGGGCGAGAGCUGGGGCGAUGGUGGCUACAUGCAGAUUGUGCGCCAGGGCAGCUCGCAGCUGGCUGCCCGCCUGAACAAGUGCGGCAUCCUCAACUCCCUGUCCUAUCCCACUCUCAAGCCAGUGUCGCCUGAGCGGCGCGGCCAGCUGCUCCGCCAGGGCUGGUGCGCGGCGGAGGACGUGGUUGUGCCUGCGGACGGUGGCGGAAACGCCACGGCAACCACGCUCGCGGCGAAACACGAUGUGGCGAUCAACGACCUGAUUCGCGUCAACACCCACUUCAAGGCUGACCCCGAUGCCCUCAUUGAGGUCAACACGCGCUACUUCGUCCCGCCCUGCUCCGUCAACCCGCCGCGCCCGCCCGUCCCGGACCUCGAGUGCGGCACACGGGCAGUGCUGCAGCUGCUGGGUGAUGGUGCGGAUGGCAGCCGGCCGCGCAUCCAACUCGGCCAGCCCACCACCCCAGCCACGGCGUCGCCACCGCCGCCACCAUCCCAGACGCCUGCGGACCGCGGCGGCGCGGAGGAGCGUUUCACCGCUACCUGCCCCUCGGGCGCACACAUGAUUGGCUUCCGUGGCCGGGCCUGGGCGGGUCAGCCCGAGGUAGAGAGCUGUGUGCUGGCGGCGCUGGCUGGCCAGCAGUCCAAUCCCGCGAGCAGCAUUCUCUACAACCAGCUUGUCAACCUGCGUGACCGCAUUGUCAACUCCAUUCUGGAGCAGGCGGCGGUGUCAGCCGACCCUGCCUGGAACGGCCUGUUCACGUCGGUGGACCUGGUUUGCAGCGAUGGCAGUGUUCGCCCCACCGGCCGCGGCACCAGUGACAUCGGUGGUUAUGAUUUACAGGCCGGGGACUCAAUCCCCGUGGACACGACGGCUCGGGACUGCCCCGGCGGGUAUGACAUGGCGCGGUCACGGCUGCGGCGGGCCCCAUACGAGCGAUUCGAGUUCUUCUUGAGGUGCGCCGCAUCACAGCAGUGGACGUCCUACCCGGCCGGCCUUCUGGCGGCGCGCAGGGCACCGGGCAUCACCACUUCGUCCCUCACCAUCGCGCGGUACCGGUUUUCUAGCACGGAUGCCGGCGCUUCCACACCGGGCACUGCCGGGACCGCUGGGCUCUCCGUGACAGAGGCACUGCUCCUGACCGCGAUCCGCAACAGCUGCGGUCCUGUGCUAGCAGCGCCGCCGGUGGGCGUGCCUGAUACGCUGUUGCAGUUCAACGAGAGCGCACCGCAGACCCUGCGGCCGCCGACCAGCACCGAGUCAGCGCGGCUGGCUGUGCCGUCGCUGCUGCUCCCAGCCUACCGGUCAGCAGAGCACCUCGUGUACUUCCAGCGCCAGGCUAGGCUGGAGGUGCUGGGUGGCGUGGGCGGCGGCGGCGGAUGCCCGCCCGGCCAGGUGGUGGUGGGCCUGCGCGGCCGGCGACUGGCGCUCCAGCCCUCGUCCCUGUUCUUCAACGGCUCUGCGGAGUGGAAGUACGGCAGCCCGCUGCCGUUCAGGUUCCGCUACGCACCCGACUACACCUCCCUGUCUGCAGUGGACGAGCUCGUGUGCGGGCGCACCGGCACCUCCACCGUGAUGCCAAAAGCCCCGCAGCCCAAGGUUGCGUCAGGCAGCAGCGGAGUCCUUGCCACGGCGGUGCCUGGCGGUGUACCUGGCAGCGGGCCCGCUGCCGGUGCUGGCCUUGUCAAGAUCACCCCCCUGACCUGCGGCGCAUCCGCCCUCCUGACGUCUGUCUUCGCGGCUAACGACGGGGUGGACAUCAACCUACUGGGAGCGCGCUGCUCUGACGGCAGCGCAGCUGGGUCGGCGGGCGGCUUUGGGGCGACUGCGAAUGGCAGCAUCUCGGGUCGCUUCACGGUUGACUACCUGUGCCCUGAAGGCUUUGAUGCGGUCAAGCUUAUGGACGGAAGCACCUGGGAUGGAAGCAGCAACGGCUCCGGCGUGGGCGGCGUUGCACUGCGCUGCUCUGCCGCCGCCAAGGCGCAGAGCGAUGAGCGGUACUGGGUGCAGCUGGGCGCACCCAACUUUCUCAGGGCCACCGACAGCAGCCCAGCGUUCACGCUUUCGGAGGCGUUCCUGAACCAGCCCGAAUACUCUGUGUGCGCGGCGGGCUCCGUCAUCACCAGCCUCAACGUGCACACGGCCACCGUCGGCGUGGCGUCGGUGGUGGUGAAGCUGGAGUUCAUUUGUGGGCCGCGCCCGCCGCCUGCCUCCUACGCAUCCCUGUCCGACAUUGCAGCCGGGUACGGUGUUACAGUCAGCGACUUGGCCCGGGCCAACCCCGCCCUCUUCCCAAGCGGCUCGGCCUCAGCUGCUGCCGGGUCCGUGGACCCAGCCCUGAACAACACAGAGAUCCGCAUUCCCUUGAUGUGCGGGCCCGCACCAGUGCAGCCGCCCGCCACCACCAUCGCGGCAGGGUGCCCGAAGUAUUGGCCGCUGCCCAACACAACGAAUGCCGGCACAACCACUUGUGGAAUGGUGGCGCGGUCAUAUGUGUCUGGAGAUCUGGCCUACCUUUCAAGAAUAAACAACAACAUCUGCCCCAACGCGUCAACAACCGUUGCCAAGGGCCAGCGGCUGUGCAUCGCGCCUCAGAGCUCCGUCCUGUCGACCUCCCAGCAUUCAUUUGAGGCAACAGCCUCCACAACGACGGUGACCACCAGCGCAGGCCACCGCCGCCGGCUGACAGCUACGGCGGCUGCCUUCGCAAGUGCAGGCGUGGGCGCGGUUGGCGGCUUUGUGAUCAACAACACCAUUGUCACUUGCAUCCUGAGUCAGUGGGUAGCAGUUGGACAAUCGUGUGAGGACAUCGCGGUCGCCUACAACCUGCCUAUCUCCACCUUCCUAGCCUACAACCCAGACCUGGCGUGCGCAACCCUCCAGGCCGGCGCUGAGGUGUGUGUGAGGACGGGGCCGCUGCUGCCCGAAACGGUUCAGAUCGUGAGCCUCAAGGCGUGUGCGGUGCGGCCGGGCGUGUGCGGGGAUGGCACGUGCCACGAUGACGACAGCAGCCCUGUCGGCUUCACCUGCACGUGUGCGGCUGACGCGUUGUUCAUCCAGGGGCGAUGCUUUGGAACCGACCCUCCGCUGCCGCCGCCGCCACCACCACCCAGCCCACGACCGCCGCCGCCCCCAAGCCCGUCGCCGCCGCCGCCCCCAAGCCCGCCGCCCCCAAGCCCGCCGCCGCGGCCGUCGCCGCCGCCGCCUCCAAGCCCGCCGCCGCCGCCGCCACCAAGCCCGCCACCGCCGCCGCCCCCGAGCCCGCCGCCGCGCCCGCUGCCUCCUCCUCCUCCCAGCCCGCCUCCGCCUCGUCCCCCUCCCAGUCCGCCGCCGUCACCGCCACCACCCCGCCCGCCGCCGCCACCACCACCCAGCCCGCCGCCGCCACCACCUCCCCGCCCGCCGCCGUCGCCGCCACCUCCCAUUUGGACGCCUUCGCCGUCCACAGACUUCGCCACCAGCCCUGUGUUUUGCGGCAGUGACUCGUUUGCAUCCAGCUACGUGUACCCGCCCACGUCUGACGAGUCCAUGAUCGGGCUCCCAAUCAGUAGCAUGACCAUUUGGAGCAGUAGCCAACUGAACGGGCUGCAGUUGCGCUUCGGGUCCAGCCUCCAGGCCGGUCCCCAGCACGGCAGCGCCAGCGGCACCGUGGUCACGCAGAGCCUGCAGGGCGUCACCGUGACGCAGGUGCACGCCUGCUGCUCCGCCGCCGCCUACCAGGGCGUGGCCCGCGUGCAGCUGCUCACGGCCGCGCACGGCGUCUUCACGCAGGGCGUGGGCUGCGACGUGAACAAUACGUGGGUGCCGGUGCCGGCAGGCUACCGCUUCGCCGGCGUGCGCACCUGGACCUCCAGCAGCCUGCUCUCCACGCUUUCCCGCAGCUCCGGCGAGCAGUUCAUCCACCGCAUCCAGUUCCUUUUCGCACCCACCGCCUAUACGCCCUCGCCCUCGCCCACCGGCUAUACGCCCUCGCCCACCGGCUAUACGCCCACCUCCUAUACGCCCUCGCCGACGCUGACGCCCGCGCUGGCGCCGCGCGCCACGUCUCUCAGCCCCGCGGUGUGCGGCGGCUCCCCCAGCUACCAGCUCACCUCUAGCGACGUGAGCCUGGCCCAGUUCUACACGCUGGACCGCAUCGGCUACCGGUGGGGGCAGGUGCUGGGGCAGAUCCGCAGCUACUACGACAAUGACCGCCAGGUGGGGCCCCUCCACGGCGACAGCCACAACGGCGGCCCGGGCGAGUUCCUGAUCACCCCCGACCUCAACAUCGUGGCAGCGCGCGCCUGCUGCAUCGUCAACACCUUCUACGACAACAGCGUGCGCUACAUCGAGCUGUACACCUCGGCCGGCAGGACGCUGGUGAUGGGCGACAACACCACGGGCUGCGAGGCCAUGCAAGCCUGGUGGAGCGUGCCGUCCGGGUACCGCUUUGCUGGCUUUGUCACCUCGACCAAUCCUGCCAAGUAUGUGCAGCGCCUGCAGUUUGUGGCUGCGGCGGCGUCGGCGGUGCCGAGCUCGCCGCCUCCCCCAAGCCCGCCGCCUCCCAGCCCGCCGCCCACAAGCUCGCCGUCGAUGUUUUCGUGCGUCGACCAGGUUGCGACUUGCCAGGCCUGGUCCCAGCAAGGCUACUGUGACUCCCAGUACACAUACAACGGCCAGUCGGUUCACGAUGUCGUCUGCGCCAAAUCGUGUAACAUCAUAGCGUGCGUUCCGCAAAACCCGAUAGGGUGCUACGGCGACGGCUUGCCUCGGGCUCUGCCGAGCCUGCUGUCGGGCAACACCUCGCGGCCGGACAUGACUGUGGAGCUCUGUGACACCCUGGCUCGCAGCGCGGACAUGCCCUACUUUGGAGUGCAGUUCGGAGGGUUCUGCUUUGGCGGCAGCAACCUCACCGCUGCCCUCGACAUGUACGGACCGAUGACUGACUGUACGAUGCAGUGCAGCGGCGACGACACACAGUACUGCGGCGGCAGCUGGGAGCAAAACUUGUACUUUACCUACCCCGAGGAUGUGUGCCAGUCCAACCCCUGCGCUGAGGCAGGCGUCACCGACGCCACCUGCACAGCCGUGUCGGGCGGCGUGGGACUGAGCGCCUACGACUGCAAUUGCCCGGCCAAUAGCGUCAGGCUAGACGCCGCCGCCGCCUGCACUUGCGAGGAGGGCUAUUACUUAUACUUUGGAAGUUGCUAUUAAGCGAAUGCAGUGCUCCCAGGUGCUCCCCCAAGUACUUAUGCUUAGGUAGAGGCAUGCGUUGCAGUGAGUGUGGUGGAUAUCCCCAGAUACAUAAGUAAGUCGGCAGGGCACAAUCUGUGCUGUGCGUCCCAUCAUACGAUGGAGGUUGGGUAUGGCACGCCUCGCCUCACGCACUGCUCCAAUGUCUGAGCGGUCGCGUACCAGUGUACCACCGGCGUCUUGGGUUCAGUUAUGUACGGGCGGGUUUGAAGAAGCGUGAAAUUGUAACCCUGUGAAACG